UUUCCUGAAGGACUCCACCUGCAAACCUCUUUCUGCUCUCAUACUGGCAGAAACAAACCUCUGAACACAGCAAGAGUUCGGCAAGAGAUGAAAAGAUGACCAACUGAAGACUGAAAAAUAAGACAAGGGAAAAAAACAAGAUAUCAUCAUGUCCGGGAGCGAAGACAAAGGUUCAGCUGAGAGUGAAGAUGAACUGAGGAUUGUUCUUCUGGGAAAAACUGGAGUUGGUAAAAGUUCAACAGGAAACACAAUCUUAGAAAAAGAGGCAUUUAAAGCAGGAAUAUCAGAAGAAUCUGUUACUAAAGAGACUCAGAGAGAAUCAUGUGAAGUCAAUGGCAGACACAUCACUGUGAUCGACACUCCAGGACUGUUUGAUACUGAACUCAGUAAUAAGGAGAUCCAGAGAGAAAUCAGCAACUGCAUCUCCAUGAUUCUGCCUGGACCACAUGUGUUCAUCAUCGUGCUCAAUUUAGGACAGAGAUUCACUAAAGAGGAAGAAAAAUCAGUGAAGUUCAUCCAGAAGACGUUUGGUGAAAAAUCUCUAAUGUUCACCGUUGUGCUCUUCACCAGAGGAGACUUCCUGAAGGACAAAACCCUUGAAGAGUGUUUGGGAAAACCUGGAUCUGUGGUCCGAAAACUGCUUGAAACUUGUGGAAACAGAUUCCAUGUGUUCAACAAUAAUGAGCCUGAAGACCGAACACAAGUGUCUGAACUACUGGAGAAGAUAGACAACAUGGUGAAGGCAAACGGAGGAAGCUUCUACUCAUGUAAGAUGUUCAGAGAGAUGGAGAGAGAAAAACAAGAACAGCAGAUGAAGAUCCUGAAGAACAGAGUCAGAGAAACAGAAGAAAAGAUGAAGAAACUAGAAAAAGAGAAAGACAAAAUGAAGAAGGUGAAGGAGGAAGAACUAAAUCAGGAAGAAGAGAUGAAGAGAAGAGAAGAACUGAAAAGUCUAGAAACAGAAAAGGAGGUUUUAGAUGAACAGAUUCAGAAACUCAAGAGUGAAAUGGAGGAAAUAAUGAAAGAUAGUAAAAAAAUAAAGAAGAAAUGAAGAGAAGCUAUUUAUGAAAUUGAAGAAACAAACCUUCUAAACAGAACUGAAGGAGACAAGUGGAACAGUAGAAAAAUCCAUGUUAGAGUUUGAGUAAGAAAAAUUAAUAUACAAUGUUUAAAAAAAUAAAGAGAGCACAAAAAUAACACAUCCUGACAACAAAAUCACACAAAAUUAAUCAAUGGAAAUCAACUUUACUAACCCAUGAAGGUCUAGAUGUGGAGUCACACUUAACAUUUUAGCGGAAAAAACAGACUACAGGCUGAUCCAACUUUGAUGUAAUGUCUUUAAACAAGUCAAAGGAGGCUUAUUAGAGUGUAUGGCCUCCACAUGCCUGUAUGACCUCCAUACAAUGUCAGUCCAUAGCAUCAGUGCCUUUGUCUUGCAGGAACUGCUGACACACUCCAGCCACAUGAGGUCUAGCAUUGUCCUGCAUUAGGAGGAACCCUGGGCCAACUACACUGGCAUAUAGUCUCACAAGGGGUCUGAGGAUCUCAUCUCGGUACCUAAUGGCAGUCAGGCUACCUCUGGCAAGCCCAUGGAGGGCUAUGCGGCCCUCCAAAGAAAUGCCACCCCAAAAUGGGUCAUGCUGCAGGAUGUUGCAAGCAACACAAUGUUCUCCACAGUGUCUCCAGACUCUGUCAAGUUUGUCAGUGUGAACCUGGUUUUAUCUGUGAAGAGCACAGGGUGCCAGUGGCGAAUUUGUCUUGGUGUUCUUUGGCAAAUGCCAAACGUCUUGCACGGUGUUGGGCUAUAAGCACAACCCACACCUGUGGAUGUCUGGCCCUCAUACCACUCUCAUGGUCUCUGUUUCUUACUGUUUGAGCAGACAUAUGCACAUUUGGGGCCUGCUGGAGGUCAUUUUACUGUGCUCUGCCAGUGCUCCUCCUGUUCCUUCUUGCACAAAGACAAAGGUAGCAGUCCUGCUGCUGGGUUGUUGCCCUACUACAGUCUCUUCCAUGUCUUCUGAUGUAUUGGCCUGUCUCCUUGUAACACCUUCAUGCACUGGACAAUACGCUGACAGUCACAGCAAACUUUCUUGCCACAGCUCGCAUUGAUGUGCCAUCCUGGAUGAGCUGCACUACCAGAGCCACUCGUGUGGGUUGUAGACAGGGCCGGCGCGUCCAUAGAGGCAACCUAGGUGGCCACCUAAGGUGGCAAAAUAGAGAGGGCGACGUCCGUGUCACCUCCCUCACCACCCACGUCCUCACAACACCCCCACCCCCAUCCUCUAUUUCAUCCGUAACCCCCCGGAACUCCAUCACAUGCUACCACCGAAAGCACUGCCAGCAUUCAAAAGUGACCAAAACAUUAGCCAGAAAGCAUAAGGACUGAGACGUGAUCUGUGGUGAACACAGUGUCUUGCUAAUUGCCUAUAAUUCCCUCUUUUUGUCUUUUCCAUUUGCACAGCAGCAUGUGAAAUUGACUGUCCAUCAGUUUUGCUUAAUAAGUGGGUAGUUUGAUUUCACAGAAGUGUGAUUGACUUUGAGCUACACUGUGUUGUUUGAGUGUUCUAUUUAUUUUUUCAAGCAGUGUAUAAUGAUUCGGUGGAAAACGUGAUUUGAAACCAAAAUCGAUUAACUUCAAGAAAACAUUGUGAUAAAACAGACAAAAUUAAAUAAAAUUCUUCAGCAGUGAGACCUAAAGGAAAUGAUUGAUUCUAAAAAGGCACAACAUGAAAACACUCUUUACAAAAACAGCAAAGACCUUGCCUUAAAAGAAAAAGAUUAAAAACAAUGAAGUAGGAGUUUGAUUUGUUUGGGAAGCAAUGAAUACAGAAGAUUAUCACAGACACUCCUUUCAUCAUAGACAUAAUGAAAGAUGUGAGAAAGAUCCUGAGUGAUGCUUAUGGUACUGUUUCUGUAGAUCCCUGGAGGGAGAGCAGGGAUGUUUUUACUGUGCAGAGUUAUCAACACUAUGUAAGUUUGACUAAAUAUUGAAUUAAUAGCUCUGUAUUGUGGUGUUUUUCAGUUAAAAAAAAAACUUUUACAUGUUUUUCAUGCAUAAGAAGUCUUUAAUAAUUAACCCAUAAAGUGUCAAAUACUAAGAAGUUGUUUGAAGAAUUAACUGCCAUAUUAUGAGCACAGUAUAGACCAGUGUUACAGACUGCUGAGACAAACACAUCCUGUUAUUGAACAUAAGAAUGACAGGAUGUAUGAGCCAUGUGUGUGCUAAGAGGAGAUAUUUGCCUUAAAAGGUUAACUUUUAAGAGAAGAUGCACGGAAGACAACUGUGGUAUAAAAGGAUGUGUCUCUGAAGGAGAGUUUAGAGAGUUGAACCUCUCCUGCGCAGUGUAUUGCUUUUGGUUUCUUUCCUGCUUGAGCAAAUAAAACUUAUAAUUUU